GAGAGUAUUACAGGGUUCAGUACCCUCAUGAGCACCAGUCAACAGAAACUUCACCUUGGGAAAAUGAGCUGUUGCUCUUGGAAGCUACCAAGCCAGACUUAGAGAAAGGUGACGGUGAUACAAUCCCUGAAACAUUUAAUAAUACAAAAAGAGAAGGAGAGAGCUCAGGAAAGACAGUGCCAACAGAGAGUAUUCCCACAACAGAUUGCCAGUCCUUUGAAAACGGAGAAACAAACCACACUGAGCUGGCAAAGGACCAUCACUAUGAAGAAGAAAAGGAAAAGGAAAAGGUUUCUGAGGAGCCAAGAAAUUCAUUUAAUACAGUAACAGACAAAGGAAUUCAUACUUCAGAUCACAAAGUUAAACAAAGUUGGCAACGAAGGGGUCACAAUAAGGAUGGUGAAUCUGCUUCUAGUGUUCUUCAUGUGAGAGAAACUGGAAAAAAAAAAGACUUCAAUACUUCAGAACCUCGAAGAUCAGUAUCUGUAUUCUGCUGUUCUGUCACCUUCACCCGAGAACCAAAGUUCAGUGGAUCUACAGCAGCACCUGAGCCAUAUGGCAGGAAAUGCUCCAAACAAAAGAAUCAGCUUGACACAAACAGAAGAUUUUGGACCCAAAUGAAAAACUAUGACAAACAUACAGACGUAUCUUAUAAUGCACCAGCUUGGAAGAAAAGGAAUCCACAUGCAAAAAUGUUCCCUAAGUUUAAAACAACCGUUCAGCAAAGGCCUUGCGGUGCCUGGUAUGCGAGCAGUCUGGAGCAAGAGAAGAAGGAACUG